AUGUCUACGCGUCAAGUGAUCUCGUGGCGCAUCUACGUGUAUGCCAAUUCUUUGUACUCGCUGCCACCACGGCAGACGCGCAGCUUCCGCGAGUGGAGCCCUCAGGCGCUCAGAAACGAUCCGUGUGCGAUUCACCGCAUCAUGGACUGGGCGAACCGCGAUACAUCUGUGGUGGUCCGCAGCAGCGAGGCGGAGAUGGUGAAAGCUUACGAGGCGGUGCACGGCAUGCUGUCGCAUGUCAGCAUGCAGAGCGCCGAGUUCCAGAACACUUUGUUUACCUUCUUUGGGCCCAAGACAAAUCAGUUUAUCCACGAGCUGAUCAACUUUGCCCGCUCGCCGUACGACGAUCCGAUCGCCUACGAGUUGAACGUGAAGUAUCGCGCUGUGCACGAUGUGCCGGAUGAUGGAAAUGAUGUGGAAAUGCCGUGUACCUCGGCGGAGGCUCUUAAAAAGGAACAGGCGAGGGCAGUGCGGUAUAGCUUUGUGGAGUUCGCCACUCGCAUGAAUAACGAUGACUGCCUUAGCUUGGACGCGGACUUGAAGAUCGAGGAAGAAGAUUGCUUCGCCAUAGACGAGUUGGUCGUCAGCAGGGCUCAGAGAAGCAGUCCCGCGCUAAUAGGCCUUUCGGAAGCGGUGGCUGCGGGAUAUGCUCAGAUGCCCGAAACGCAACAGCUGCAGCCACAGCAGCAGCAGCAGCAGCAGCACUCGGACCCUGCUUUGCAGGAGGCCCUAGCAAGGAGCGUGUUGGAUGAGGGUGGCAAUCGUCAGCGGAUGCGGUUGCAGCGCUGGCUUCCGGCAUUGCUGCCCUCGGGAACGCUCCCGAACUGGAUGGCAGUUCGGGCUCACCUGGAAGCUCGAAGGACUUUGGCUAAUUCUGCUUCUUCUACGGGUUCUAUUAGACGCAGGCGAAGAAGCGCCCUUAACCACGAAGCAGCUUGGGCCAAUAUUGCAUUUCGUAGGACCAGUCGGGACUAA